UGCUGGCCUCGCCUAAACGAGCCUUGCAGCCGGCAAGUCGCAAUCGCAUCACUCAUUCUCUUUCUCUCGUCUUACUCUUCGCUGGUUCACUGUAGUCUAGCUCUCGCAGGCGCAUCACUCAUCCUCUCCAUCUUCUCUCCCUGUCAACUCCGCCGAUCGUCUCUCCCUCCCUCACCGGCUCACCUCACCCAUUCGCCGCCCGCGCCGCUACUCAGGCCCUUCUCCACCUCUCGCUUUUUCCUCUCAGCUCUCUUCUGACUCUGGUUUCCCAGCUACCCCUCUCAAUCUCGGCCCCUCGUUCUCGUUCUUCCUCUCUUUCUGACAUUCUAGAUCCGACGACCUCGCCGCCGGCGUGCAACUGUGGUCUUCCAUUUCUUCUUGCAGCUUAUUCGGGCUGGUCGAAACUGAGCCCGCCCCGCCCAGUCUGAAUCACCGGCUUGACCAACCUCCUUCUCUUCCCAACUUCUCCCCUCCCCUGGCCCUCUUCAGCGCUCUGCGAGGAGAAAGAGGACAGCAAAUUUGGGGAACGAUGCGGGUUUGAAUAGAUAUUUCUGUCUUCUGAUAGGUAAUUUUGAUUAUACCCUUAAAAACUACCUUGAAUUUUGCUGAUUUUUUGGGUUAUUUGGUUUAAAUGACAGAAUUUGGUCGUGGCCUAUCAUAAAUUUGGUACACAAGCCAGAACUUGGUUGCUACUGAUUGACUAUGCUGUAACUAAUGAGUUUGAAUUUAGGUUUUGAAUGGAUUUAAACUGUGAAUUGUGCUGUUGAUUGAGCUGAAUAAACUGGCUAAGGCUUGCUCCAAAUGCCAUGAUUUGGUUCCUGCCAAUGAGGGGCGCACCUUGAUACUUCAAUUCCAGUUUGCCAACCUAAAGAAACUGGAAUAACCGUACACUACACCGCCGUUGAAUAAAUUUGAGAAUCUAAAACCCAUUGUAAAAUAGAUAACUUCUCGGGGGCUCCACAUGUUUCAAUUACUAAACUUUCUAGACAUCGUCUGAGGCUGAGAUGGAGAAAGUACAGAUAUAGCAGGGCAUCCCAAUCUCCCAAAAUGCUGUUGAUUCAAUUGUGAUAUCUCUUCAUGGUUCUGAAACGAAGUGCACUCCAUCUGCUUGAUUUAACACCACAACAAAGUUGCAGCUGCCAGCACAGAAACUAGACGUGACUCAUUUGGUGAAAUAGGUUUUUAGUUCAAUCACAUGACAUGUAGGAACAUGGCCUUGAGAUUGCAUAAGCUACUCAGGAAUGGUUCCCAUAUGAGAACUGAGAAAUCUGGUGCUUUGUAUUUGAAGUUGAUGCCAUAUCACUCUUUGGAAGAAUCCUUUUCUUCCCACGAUGUCUUGCCUUUGAAAUGGUACGAGAAUGUGUUUCCAAGGAUUUCACAGCUGACCCAUUUCCUGAAAAACGUGGAUGCCAUCAACGGAAGGCUUGUUGAUGUUACCAGUAAUUCCACCAUUGUUGAUGAUCGAAUCGAACGUGAAAUGGGUGUGUUGAAAUCGCAUGUCCGGGCCUUUAUUGGGUCUCCAUUGGUUCAGCGGAAGGUGAAACGCACACAGAAAACAAGCCAAAAUUCAACUUCUCCUUUCAGCCAAGCUAGUGAAAGAGUGCCCAUUGUUGUCGAUUCACUUACUAAAAUAAGCAAUUUUCUCAAUAUCACUGCUCAACAGAGGAAAUCGGUUCGCUUAACAGUGUGCCCGCAAGUGACCCAGCACCGUAUAUGGACAGGUGCACUCGAGGAGAUUUUGAAUGGCAUGAAAGUUGAUUUGGAAUUGUUAACUGCUCGAGGAUCAAGCAAAAGUACUCUAAUGGGUCAGCAAAUUGUUCACAACUGCUUGAAAUUUCUGACUGAAACUGCAGUUUCCUCUGAUCCUGACACUGCUUCAUGGAUGAAACUCUCACCUUCUAAAACCCUUGAUCCGUCUGAUCCUCUCAAAUGGGAAGAUAUUCUCGAGAUGGUCAAUGAUUUGAUUGAAUGUUUCAGAAGUGAAGCUUUGCUUAAGUUGCAUGUGACUAAGCUCGAGGUAAUGAAGGAGGGUCUUUCUCAAAUCAAGGAUGUUAUCGUUGAUCAUAGUAUCGGAUAUAAGGAAGCUAGACAUCAAGAAAGUCUAGUGCAAAAGAAGCUCACCAAAACAUUGGGACACUCAUCUAGAUGUUUGUUCACUCUAUUGUUAUAUUACCUGUACAGAAGAGUUUUAGAUAUUGAAGUGGAUAUACGUGGUGGGGUUUAUGAAAAUGGAAGUAAGGAUAGGUUUUGCUUGUCCAUGGGAAGAAUCUUGACCUCAGAUGAUGAAAAAAUGAUUGGGCGUGGGGUGAAGCAGCUAGACCAGGCACUUGGAGUAUUCAAGUUUGUGUGGGAAACUGCAAAGAUGGAAGGAAACUUGGACCUGGAAGGCCAUAUGUGGUGUGUUGGAGCAGAAGACAGGAUUCUUAGGUACAGAGGAAACAAGUAUUUCGUCCACGGUAUUAGCCUUUGAGAAAAUUUAUACCGUCUUUCAUAUCUUGCAUGUUUGGUUAUUGGUUAUCAGAAGAAUCAUGGAACUCCAGGAUGAGUGCUGUUUCUUCAUUUUUGACACAUUUCUUGUCCUAGCUUGUUUAUACUGGUAGGCGAAUCAACAAAGAAAUCUGUUCAUUUGAUGUAUUGGCUAGUUAUUGGUUUUCAGGCAUUAACAAGAGCGCGAGUUAGCUUCUUAUUUUAAUAUCUGUAUGUUAAUCUUUCCAGGAUAUUUAAUGUACUUCACAGAAGAUAACGUGGAAGGAAUGAAUUAUUCUCACAA